AUGGAAGAAAUUAUGAGCAAGGAGUUGUUCGAUGAAAAGGAUUUAACGAAGUAUUCUCCAGAUUAUAAUUCACAAGAUAUAUAUUUACGAAUGCAGCUAAGAAGAGAGUUGGUGAAAGAUACUCACAACCAUGUUGUCGCAGGACGUACCAAUUGCCAAAAAAAAAAUAUAAUGAAGACAAAAAGCUGCUCUAGGACGAAAAAGGAAAUUGUAAAAUUACGUGCUUAUUUCCAGAAUAAGAAUUUACAAAAUCGAUGCAUGUUGAAAAAUGUUGAACGAAUCAACCAAAAUAAAUAUUUACGAGCAUAUAAGAAUACAAAUCAGGAUGUUGCGUUGGACAUUGAUGACAAUUAUUUAUUAGAAGACGAUUUCGCGUUAUGUACAAGUGAUCCAGCUGACGAUAACUUUGAUUUAGUAAUAGAGAAUGAUAGCGAGUUUAAAUUAAUACAGAAGGACUCAUGCAAUAGUUUGCAAAUGGAAAAUAAUUGCAAAGGAAAAAGCAAUAAAAAAAUUGUUAGAAAUUACGAUAAAAGACCCCAUAAAAAUAACUCGUUUGAAACCAAAACUAUCAGUAUGGUUAAUCCCGUUCAUAAACCUACGAAGACGAACCACGAUGAUCUCAAUGAUCCUAGUAUUGAAAAUAUAACUAUUAAACAAGAUAAUGAAAUAUGCAAUGAUUCAGUAGCUACAUGUAAUUUGUUUAAAAAAGAUUUGCAAUCUCUUUUGAUUAUGAUGACGAUUAAUUCAACUAUGGAUCAAAAUACAGAAUCAGAUGAUAUAACACCUACCGAAACUACAGCGGCGGUUUCUAAUCUCUGUAAUUUCAGUAUUGAUGUAUGCGAUUCCACAAAGCAUAAAAAUGAAAUAUCGUAUAAUAUCGAAACUGGUGAAUUAGACACGUUACUGAACAUUCAGCCAAUUAUCAAGGGGUGCAGUGUUAGGCAAAAAUAUAUUAUCAAUAAAUAUAUAAACUUAUGGAAGGUCUUUGUGAAAAACAAAAGAGAGAAUGGGAUGUUGCAACAGAGACAGGAAACUCUCAACAUUUUUUUUGAUAGACUUACUAAAAAAAAGAACAGCGCAAGUUCUAGUGAUGAACCAGAUCGAAAAUCCUAUAAUCUAGCUCGAGAUUAUAAUUCAUAUAGACACAGGUACAAACUACAGAAACAUAUUAUUGCGUUACAAAAAGCCAAGCUUGAGGAGCAAAAUAAACUCAUAGAACAAUUAAAAUACAACAAAAUUGUCGAAGCUUCCCGUCAAUCACUUGAUACCAUGAGAGAAGAUAUACGUAAAGCCUACUACGACAUUGAUAAGCACUUAAAACCGAAAAUAAAAUGUAUUACUAACGAGCUAAAACUGAAAGACUUGGAAGAGCCAUCACUCGUUCUCCACUGCUUAAAAGUACCACAGUUUCUGCAAAGAAUGGAGGCAAGAGCUAGAGAAAGAGAGGAAAAACAUGCAAUCAUACGUGAAAGAAGAAAACAAAUGGAAGAAGAACGCAUUAGAUUAAAGCAACAAGCGGAACUGGCUAGAUCAGAAAUGGACAAGGAAGAAAAGAUUAAAAGAAUAAAAGAGCUUAGAGACAAAAGAAAAAGAGAAAAAGUAGAAAAUAUCCGAAAAAAACAAUACGCCGAGAGACUUCGAUCCUUGAUAGUAAUGGCCGAUUUGCACUACGAGAAAUAUCUCAUGGCUAAAUAUGGCGUCAGGCCUUUAAGACGACUUAUAGAAAUAAAGCAGGACAAUAUGGAAAAAGCUAAGGCACAUCAUAGGUUUCAAACUUUGAAGAAUAUAUUUUUAAACUGGAUGUGGUACACGGAAGAUAUGUGGUUGGAUAGAAAUUAUAAAGCGGAAGAUCAUCACAGGAAAAAAAUAUUGCGUACAACUUUCGACAGUUUGAAAAAGAAUCAUUACGAAUUCGUUUUAAAAAAACAAGUAGCAGACGACUAUUAUGAUUUGUAUGUAACACAUAUGGUGUUUAGAAAGUUCCGUGAAGGUAUCGAAAUCAUCAAGAAAGAAUUUCAAAUUAAACUUUUGAAAGCAACAGUUUACUAUAGCAGUAAUAUUUUAUUCAAAACUUUCACCUGUUGGCGGUCUCUACCAGCUCUCAAUGCGUUGAAGAGAGAACAAGAGGCAAGGAAGCUUAAAUGGAGGCAGAAAGUAUUAUUAGUUGUACCCGAUUAUAAACCACCAGAGGAUUAAAAGAGCAGAUACAUUAAUUGUUAAAAUUCCUCAAUUCCACAAAAAUUUAAUUUUUUUAUAUGAUCACUUACUGAUGGCAUAUGAAAUAACUCCUAAGGUCCGUAAGGCGCCUAUGUUAUCAUUGUUUUAUGAUUGUAAUACACUGACUUUCUUGUAUUUUGAGUUAUGAAUUAAGAAAGAGCACUAAAAUCGUUAAA